GCGUCCUAUGGAAGCAGGACCGUAGGAAAGCCACUGAAAUCCGGGGCUGUCACGCUGGAUCCGGGACGGUUAGGAGAGCACGAUCUAUCUCCAGUGUGACAAUCCUGACAUAUGUAGCAGAGCUCAGGCUGCGUCCCGGACAUGUCAUCCCCUCUAUUCUUCGGGCUCCACUCGCAGAGUGUGUGGUCCUGGGCGGUCUGGCUCUGCCUCCUGUAUGUGCUGGUGAAAGCCUGGAAGCUCUACCUGAAUAAGAGGCAGCUGGAGAAAAAUUUUAGGCAGUUCGAAGGUCCUAAACGUCACUGGCUGUACGGCAAUGCUCAGGAGUUCCAUGAAUCUGGCAAUGACAUGGAGAUUAUGGUUCGUCAUGCUGAACAAUACCCGUACGCCUAUCCACUGUGGCUGGGAAAUUUCUUUGCAGUACUGAGCAUAUGCCACCCAGACUAUGCAAAGGCCAUCCUGUCCAGACAAGAUCCAAAGGAUAAUUUUGCCUACCAUUUUCUUACUCCAUGGAUAGGGAAGGGGUUGCUGGUGUUAUCAGGAGAGAAGUGGUUUCAACAUCGCCGGCUGCUGACCCCGGGAUUUCAUUAUGAUGUUCUGAAGCCGUAUGUCAAGCUGAUGUCCGACUGCGUCACUGUCAUGCUGGACAAAUGGGAACGUCUUAUCCCAGAUCAGAACCCUGUGGAGCUUUUCCAUCACGUCAGCCUCAUGACCCUGGACACCAUCAUGAAAUGCGCCUUCAGCUACCAGAGCAACUGCCAGCUGAACAGUGAGAGCAUUUAUAUCAAAGCUGUAUACGAGCUAUCCCAGCUGGUGAGCUACAGAUUGUUCUAUCCGCUGUAUCAUAACGAUCUGAUUUUUUAUCUGAGCCCUCAUGGAUUCCGAUUCCGCCGAGCCUUGAAGAUAGCGCAUGAACACACAGAUAAAGUAAUUAAAGAGAGGAAACAAUCCCUCAACGAAGAUACAGAGCUGGAGAAGAUCAAGAAGAAGAGGCACCUGGAUUUCCUUGAUAUUCUCCUCUGUGCUAGGGAUGAAAAUGGUCAGGGUCUAUGUGAUGAAGACCUGCGAGCAGAGGUGGACACCUUUAUGUUUGAGGGUCAUGAUACAACAUCCAGUGGCAUCUCCUGGAUAUUGUACUGUUUGGCUAAAUAUCCCGAACAUCAGGUCAAAUGCCGGGAGGAGAUCAGAGAGGUCCUGGGGAAGAGGACUACAGUGGAGUGGGAGGACCUGAGUAAGCUGCCAUACACCACCAUGUGUAUUAAGGAGAGCAUGCGUCUCUACCCGCCUGUACCAGAAGUGGCUCGCCAACUUAAAGAACCAAUAACAUUUAUUGAUGGACGGAGCCUACCCAAAGGUGCUGUUAUCUUCCUCUGUAUAUACGUUAUAAACAGGUGCCCCAGCAUCUGGGAGGAUCCAGAGGUAUUUGAUCCCCUGAGAUUCUCUCCUGAAAAUUCAUCCACUAGACACUCCCAUGCCUUCUUGCCCUUCUCUGCUGGAGGAAGGAACUGCAUUGGGCAGAACUUUGCAAUGAAUGAAAUGAAAGUCGCCACCGCUUUAACCUUACAGAGGUUUGAGCUACAUCUGGACCCUAAGAGAGAACCAGUAAUACGAUCCCAAUUGGUCUUACGCUCCAUGAAUGGGAUACACGUCAAUCUGAAGAAGAUCCACUCGGACAAGACAGAAAAUAUCUGAUCUGAUAGAAAUCUCUGAAUAUCACUGUUCAUAAUGAUAUUUAAUCUAGAGAUUUUCAUGGAUGCAAUCAUAGAAUUAAUAUUAAAGGGGUAUUUCGAUUUUUUUGGGUAUCAGAUCCCCACCAAUCAGACGACAGGCCAUGACUUGUUAAACUCUGGAAUACCCCUUUAACUAUCAUACACUGCUCAAAAUUGAGAUACAAUAUAACAUUCUGUUUGCCCACAGCUCCCACUAGGGGGAGAUUAGGAGGUCACUACAUAAAGUACCCAUCAGCAGGAUCAACUCCAUAAGGGUUGAUCCAGAAUGAUAGCCACAGUGUUCUUUCGUCAUCCAUUCGGCAGUAUAUGCCGUGGCUUCUGAAUAGUGCAGGGGGCUGCUGUGCUAUUCCAUCCAGAGACAUCCAGUAAAAAACAUACACCGUGCAGAAUAGGUUUUUAACUUGGGCGCCUGUGGGUGAUGAGUGCCGCCCAAUGGUGUCUGUAAAACGCAUACGUUCCAGGUUUCCAUGGGGGAAUACUCCCAACAGACCCUGCUGAUAUAGUUUGAAAAGGGCCAUAUACAUGUUUACUGCUUUUGUGUCUUUUUAUAAUUUUACACUGCAUUCUUGUGCUUUCUAUAAUUUUAUGCAUUUUGAUUAAAUUGUGUGAAAUCGUCUUUA